GGAAAAACUGACACUCUACCUGGAGCUAGCGGGAAUUACAAAUUUCUGAUGCUUGCAUUGGUGUGCGUCAUCACAUCACAGCUGACGAACAGAAUAAAGCACUUACCGGCCCUCAAAGCUUUGCAAAUUGCUAUAGGCAGUAGCAAUGGGCCACAUGUCCCGGAGAAUACUAUAUGUACACAACGUCGGCAGUAUGACUUGAACAUACUAAUACAGUCGCUCCUUCCCCCCUGCUUUUCCUGAUUCUGACCUCUUCUCUGUGUAUUGGCAGGAGAGGCUAUGUCCGAGAAGUCACUAAGUAUAGAGGCCCUGCAGGGCAUUGACUCUGCGUCUGAAGACAGACAUCACUUGUCUUGCGAUGAGAAGACAAGAGCAACCACUCCAAAUGACCAGGAAACACUGGAUAAGCAGUCUUUUCGGAAGCUUGUAACACAUGUUAGUGAAGCACCGGAUGGAGGAUUCAGGGCAUGGCUUGUGGUUUUUGCUGUCGCAUUAGUUUCGUUUUCUACGUUUGGUUUUGUGAAUUCAUGGGGUGUCUUUCAAGCGUACUACGAAGAAGAUCUACUACGCCACCUUUCUCCUUCGACUAUAGCAUGGAUCGGUUCUAUUCAGUAUGCACUCGUGUAUCUUCCAGCACUUGCGACGGGACGACUAUUUGAUCUAGGAUACUUCAAGAUACCGUGCUUCGUCGCUAGCUGCGUUAUCGUUGCGUGCACCUUCCUAACCGCGGAAUGCACUCAAUACUGGCAGUUCUUUCUCGCACAAGGUCUCGGUGUGGGAGUGGGCUGCGGUAUCAUAUUUAGCCCUACUCUCGUCAUUGUGUCACAUUGGUUCUCCAAGAGACGUGGCCUUGCUUUGUCGGUCGCCGCAAUCGGGACUUCGUGCGGUAGCACCGUGUUUCCUGUAGCGGCACAAAAUUUGAUUCCAUUAAUCGGAUUUAAAUGGACAGUUCGUGUAUUUGGUUUCAUUCUGAUGGCUACCCUGGGGAUGGCCAACAUAUUAUUAGAACGACGGCUUCCACCCCGCAAUGUUCAUGGGGGACUCUUUAAUCUCAAAGCAUUCCGCAACAAAGCAUAUACCACCUAUUGCAUUUCCGGAAUUAUGACACUUUUAGGACUUUACACAGUGCUCACAUACCUCUCCGUGAGCGCCGUAGCAAUUGGCGUCCCAAAAGAUUUUGCAUUCUAUUUGAUCGCUAUCGCCAAUGCAACAUCUGUGUUUGGACGUUUGUUGGCUGGCCUAAUGGCUGAUAAAGUCGGCGCACUCAACGUCAUGGUGCCCUACACGAUUGUAUCGGGAAUUAUGUCGUUCGCCUGGCCAUUUGCUAAAAAUGAAUCCCAACUCAUUGCAAUAGCCGCCAUCUACGGAUUCUCCUAUGGAGGAUAUGUAUCUCUCUUCUCCGCACCUGUCGUGGCAAUGGGAACAAUGGAAGAUGCCGGGCGUAGAGUGGGAAUGUUUAUGUCCCUCAUUGCUUUUGGAGGCCUUGCAGGUCCCCCAAUAUCAGGUGCCGUCAGGACUGCGACAGCGGGGUUUGUUGAGGCAGGUUAUUAUGCAGGCAAGUCUAUCAACACGCGAUCUUUGAGUGAACGUUGAUCUUGUUCAGGUGGCACCAUUAUAUUCGCUGUUGCAUUGAUGGUUUUGGCGCGGCACCUCCAUCUGGGACGCCUAUGGGGCAAGUUUUGAAUGAUCGUGAAACGAAU